UCCCCCGUGUAAGAGUGAGGAGAAGGAGGACAUUCCAGUCCAUGUGACCACAGAAAAUCCCUGUAAGAAGCCUGGAGGAAACAUCCUGUUAUCUCUAGAUUAUAAAGAAGAUCAGGAUAUGAUGCAGUUCUCUUCACUAGAAAACCUUGUUACCUGCAAUGUACAUCCAGAACUUAACAGUGCAGAUCCAUCAUAUAAUCCACCCAAUCUUCAGGAACCUUCUCCUGACCAAACACAGUUUGUUACCACAACUACUGGGCGUAAAGGUGGUAAAAGAUUUCAAUGUGUGGAAUGUGGAAAACAGUUUAGAUAUAAUUUAGAACUUUCUGUACACAGAAGAAGUCACAGAAGAGAAAAGCCAUAUUCAUGUACACAAUGUGGAAAAUGUUUUACCAUUAAAUCAAGCCUUGAGCAACAUAAGAGAAGUCACAAAGGAGAGAAGCCAUAUUCAUGUUCAGAAUGUGGAAAAUGUUUUACCAUUAAAUCAAGCCUUGAGGAACAUAAGAGAAGUCACAAAGGAGAGAAGCCAUAUUCAUGUUCAGAAUGUGGAAAAUGUUUUACUAAGAAAUCAAAUCUUGAUCAGCAUAAGAGAAUUCACACAGGAGAGAAGCCGUAUUCAUGUUCAGAAUGUGAGAAAUGCUUUACACACAAAUCACAGCUUGUUAGACAUCACAUAAUUCAUACAGGAGAUAAUUCGUAUUCAUGUCCAGAAUGUGGUAAAUGCUUUACAAGUAAAUCAUGUCUUGUUAUACAUGAGAGAAUUCACACAGGAGAGAAGCCAUAUACAUGUUCACUGUGUGAAAAAUGUUUUAGAUAUAGAUCAGAUUGGAUUACACAUGAGAGAAUUCACACAGGAGAGAAGUCAUACUCCUGCUUAGAAUGUGGGAAAUGCUUUAUAAGUAAAUCUAGUCUUGUUAAACAUGAGAGAAUUCACACUGGAAAAAAGCCUUAUUCAUGUUCAGAAUGUGGGAAAUCGUUUAGAGAUAAAUCAAGUCUUGUUAAACAUGAGCGAAUUCACACAGGAGAGAAGCCGUAUUCAUGUUCGGAAUGUGGCAAAUGUUGUAUAAGUAAAUCAGAGCUUAUUGUGCAUCAGAGAAUUCACACAGGAGAAAAGCCUUAUUUAUGUUCAGAAUGUGGAAAAUGCUUUAUAAGUAAAUCAGAACUUCAUAUGCAUCAGAGAAUUCACACAGGAGAGAAGCCAUAUUCAUGUUCAGAAUGUGGAAAAUGUUUUAUAAAUAAAUCAUCUCUUGUAACUCAUGAGAGAAGCCACACAGGAGAGAAGCCGUAUUCAUGUACUGUAUGUGGGAAAUGUUUUACACAAAAUGCAACUCUUGUUAAACAUAAAAGAAUUCACACAGGAGAGAAGCCAUAUUCAUGUUCAGAUUGUGGGAAAUGCUUUACCAAUCAGUCACAUCUUGCUAGACAUGAGAGAAGUCACACAGGACGUAAGCCGUAUUCAUGUUCAGAAUGUGGAAAAUGCUUUACCCAGAAAUCAAGUCUUGUUACACAUGAGAAAAGUCACAAAGGGGAGAAGCCAUAUUCCUGUUUAAAGUGUGGGAAAUGUUUUACAAAAAAACAAAGUCUUGUUACUCAUGAGAGAUGUCACACUGGAGAGAAGCCAUAUUCGUGUUCAGAAUGUGGGAAAUGCUUUACAAACCAGUCACAGCUUGCUAGACAUGAGAGAUGUCACACAGGAGAGAAACCGUAUUCAUGUUCAGAGUGUGGGAAAUGUUUUACUCAGAAAUCAGAUCUUGCAAGACAUGAGAGAAUUCACACAGGAGAGAAGUCAUAUUCAUGCUCAGAAUGUGGGAAAUGUUUUACAAACAAAUCAAAUCUUGUUCUACAUGAAAGAAUUCACACAGGAGAGAACCAAUGUUGAUGUUUUGUAUAGGAUUUUUUUUUAGAAGAAAAAUAAAUGUUGAAACUCCUUAUCUUAUUCACACAGAAAAUAAACCAUAUAAUUCUGUUAGGAAUGAGGGAAA